GGGUCCAAUGGUCGCUCUUGUUAAGAAAGUGAAGAGCAGGAUUGUGGCGCAUAGGAUUGCUACGAUUUCUCUAUGGCUGCCAUCAGGAACACCAGCAGAAUGAUCUUCAAGGAGAUAUUGCACCCCUCUCCCAUACGUCCGAUUUCUUCUCUGCGCAGGCUUCCUAAAACCCCAGAAAAUCUUUUGCCAUUAGCUUGUGGGAAUGCCGUUCUUCCGUUACCGCGACGCGGGAUUGGUUCAAGUGCUAUUCGGUGUGCAGCUUCAGAUGCUGGUGAUGGUGGGAAGAAAGUAUCGUCUCGGCUCUCCCAGGUUCAGCAGCUCCUGCAAGAAGCUGAAGACCGAGCUCAGGCAUUUGAUAGCGGGCCUACUCCUAAAAUCACGCUGGAUCAUGUCACAGUGAACUUUGCGAGAAGUGGGGGACCUGGAGGUCAAAAUGUAAAUAAAGUGAACACCAAGGUGGACAUGCGGUUCAAUGUCAAAAACGCAUAUUGGUUAGGGGACAGGAUCAGGGAGAGAAUUAUGCAAAUGGAAAAAAAUCGUAUUAACAAGGAUGGGGAACUUGUAAUUUCCUCAACAAAAACUAGAACGCAGAAGGGUAACAUUGAGGAUGCUUUGGAAAAACUCCAGGCAAUUAUUGAUGCUGCUGCGUAUGUCCCACCACCUCCUUCAGAAGAACAAAAGAAGAAAAUUGCGAAGAUGGCUGCUAUUGGAGAGCAGAAACGCCUUAAGAGCAAGAAAGCGCUCUCAGAUAAGAAAGCAUUCAGAAGAAGUAAGGAUAGUUGGGACUAAUUUAUGUUUUUGAUUACCAAAAUCUUGCGGUUCUUGAUCAUUAUACGAUUGCAGGGCAUGAAAGCUCAAUCCUUUGAUAAAUGAAUGAGCGAUUGAAUGUAACCUGGGGUAACUCAGAAGCAGCACAACCUAACGGCCAGUUUACUUGAAGGACCUCAAUGAAGUUUCAUUCUCAAAUUUAGAUGGGAAAAUGAUGCCCAAGGACCAAAUUCACAAAUCUUUUAGUCCUAAGAACCACUAACUGUGAAUAAUACUCAUUGUCACUUGUAAAUUUCUAUUGCUUGAGAGGUUAAAAUAUACUCUCUUUUUUUGGUUGCAGAUUUUUGUUGUAUGAAUACUAAAUACUCGUAGUUCACAUUAUGGGGUUGGCAAAUUUGAGAGCUUAAUUUAUAAAUUUGGUACUUCGGUACGAUUCUCCCAAA